AUGAAUCUGGCAAGUUACUCUUACUUCUCUGGCAUGUGCAACAUGACCGCAGAACACUCGCCUGCUGAGGCAAGUCCUGUUGUCAUGUCUCCAAAUGUGAGCCUAGACUCACCGCUGCCUCCGCCGCCACUGAUGCUACAGGCCCGGUCCAAGGAUAAUAUUUUGAUUAAAUCAGAGCCCCGGGGAAACAGUCCCAGCACAGAGGAUGGAGCCGCUCUGGGACAGACUGAGGAGCACCUGCCCACAGGCAGCCGCCGCAGGAAGAGGCCUGUUCAGAGGGGGAAACCUCCCUACAGCUAUAUUGCUCUCAUUGCGAUGGCCAUUGCUAACUCCCCCGAGAGAAAGCUCACACUGGGGGGUAUUUAUAAGUUCAUCAUGGAGCGUUUUCCUUUCUAUAGGGAGAAUUCGAAAAAGUGGCAAAACUCAAUCCGCCACAACCUCACCCUCAACGACUGUUUUGUGAAGAUACCUAGGGAGCCAGGCAGACCAGGUAAAGGCAACUACUGGACGUUAGACCCUGCAGCUGAGGACAUGUUUGAUAACGGAAGCUUUUUGAGGAGAAGGAAAAGAUUUAAGCGCACAGAUGUAAGCACCUAUCCAGGGUACAUGCAGAGCUCUAGCGCCUUUACCCCAACACCAAUGGGCAGGCCAUCGUACCCCAACACGCUUUACGCCGGGUUGGGGUCAGGUUAUGGUUCUCAGCUUGCAGCCACAUCCCCGCAUCCCGCCGUGCUGCAUCAUUACCAGAACCCCGCCGGGGUCGGCCAAGGACAACCGCGCAUGUUCAGCAUCGAUAAUAUCAUCAGUCAGCAGACGGUGGUGCAGAGCGGCCCUGCUGGAGAGCUCAACCCCCAAACGCUGGGGCUGGGCGCUAGUGACCUGGGCACAAUGACCUCCAGUUGCUCGGUAACCGGCACCGACCCAUCUGCGUGCUUUCAGACCCAGACUGUCAACCCGCCAGUGAACAUGCUGAGCCGAAACAGCGGGAAUAUUUCAUCCAACCUGUCCGCCGGAUAUCCCUAUGCGUCUUCGGUCUCUCCUCCAAACCUGCCCUCCAUGAGCCAGUCCGGGUUCUCCCCGGGAAACUCUCAAAUGUACUGUCCGGGGAACCGGCUGUCUCUGCCGGCCCUGCGCACGAGCUCUUGCGCAGAGCACACAGAGCAGCUACUGGGCCUGUCGGGCUCCAUGAACUCCUACAAUAACAGUUACAUGAGACAAGCCAACUUUGCGUCAGGACUAGAGCGGUAUAUGUGA